AUUUGAGCCCAAGGAAGACGUGAAAAUUCCAUUGCGGUGCGACCUUUGCCCAAACGGCCUCACGUUUUCGGACACUUCCCACCUCCUCACGCAUAUGAACUCAAAAAGUCACAUCUUUCACCAUUGGAACCUCGAACUGUUCAAAGAAGUCAAUCCUCGAAUAAGAACCGCCUUGCAGAGGUUUCAAAUGUUCUGGGAGGAGUACGACCUCGCAGGUCGGAUCCGAGCCCGCAUGAUCAAGAGGAAUCAGAUCCCUCAAAUUGCAGCAGACACAACUCGGGAUGUGCCCGAUUUCCAACCACGCGUUCACAAUGACCGGCUAACCACAAAUGUCGCCACGAAGACAACCCGACGGCGAAAGUCUCAGCCGGUGCUGGAAGCAACGAGCCCCCACUAUUCUAUCGGCUCUUCACUCCCGUCUAGUCGGAGUCUUCCAGACAAAUUGAAGUUCGACCCUGGCCUUUUCGCGAACAAGUUUCAUGAUCACGACAAUUCGAACUAUCCACUUUGCGACGAUCUUUUCCAUCCCCUUGAGCACAGUACUUUAACGCAUUCAUCCUGGCGCAACCAGCCGCCUGCCCACCCUCGCCAUAGUGAUUCCAGAAGUCCUGGUCCAUACCUUCAUCCGGCAUUGAGUGCGGCAAACGUUGAUUUUCGCUCUUUACAAUCCGGCAUGGCAAGAACAAACCGACACGUCACCAAUGCAGCGGCAUGCGAGGCAAAUGUGUCAGAGAUUGAAACCAAGUACGAGCCAUCUGAGGAUGAUGGUUCAUUUCCAUCAGAGAAUGCCACAGACAUUGUUGAAGACGCCAAGCAGGAGGAGUUCAGACCGAAGGGUCUACAGUUUGACGGCAUGGGCGGUUUCGACGCCGCUAGCAACGCCCAGAAACGCAAGAGAAACCAACGGAAAGAUCCCGAGGUCCUCGUCCAAUUGCGCGCCAACUCCGAAAUGGUCACGACUGACGAACACGUCUUCGACAUCAAUUUCAAUUUGCAGCGAGUUCGUGAUGUGUUCGAUGAAUCAGAUAUCAGUGUCGAUGAGGACAACGACACUUCUGCAACCAAAAGAAGGAAGAAGCAAUCCUCGUCCGCGAGAGUAACCAAGUCUACGAGGAAAGGCCGCAAACGACCUACGAAGCUGGCUGACGAACAGGUCGUCCCACCGUCCACCGCUAGGGUCAAAAGAGCCUCGGCACGGGCAGCGCAGGUGGCCAUCACAAAGCUGCAUCAACCAAGAUCAGAUCCAUUGACAAUGGCCAAGAGUCCCUCAGUCUCCAGACCUUCGUCAGCACACAGUGCUACCAACUCGAACCAUCAACUUUCCGUGCUUGAAACCCAUAAUCGCCGCGCCACUUCAGGGGUGGGCAAGUCGCCACUCGCUCUGUCCUCCUCAGGCAUCAACAGCCGCGGAGGACGAGUAGGUGGAGACGCCCAAGGGUCUUCACACCAUCGCUUGUCUAGCAAUCUCAGCCACGACAUGUACACAAUGCAGGCCAGUGAAAGCAUACCGCUGAAAUUCUCUGCUCCUGGCGAGCCGCCUUUCGGCUUUCCACUUACCAACGCUGAGAAGGAGAAUGAUCCGCGCGCGUUCUACGCUGGACAUAUGUCGGUAAAUCCCAAUCCAUACUUUUCUGCUCAGGAAGCAAGGGAUCCAGCAACAUACAACCCCUUAUACGUCCAGCGCGUUGGCAGCGACAGGGCAGCCAUGGUUUCACAUUAUAAUGAGCCCACACGGCCGGACGAAUUUGCACUCCAUCAGAUGCAAAGGAACGCCCCGUUCCCUUUGAUGCAAUUACCACAGCACGACGGGCUGGUUCAUCACCAUCAUAUUGCACCGUCAGACCAUCAAUUUUGAUCCUCGGAAGGCACAUCAAGAUAGGCAACAAGACCUAUCGCGCAGUCGCAUGCCGCCAAUUUCUAUGCCAGUCCGAAAUAGUUAUUCCAUUUUGGGAGGUUCCUUGUUUUGUUCUCUCUUUUUGUUCACGGUGCGUGCGUUGCUUCUUGGACGACAUGUUACAGACAACUCGUCAACGCUUGUGACAUGGGAGACGGAAUGAGUGCAUGCAUUGGCGGAGUUCUGCAUCACAAGGGGGUUCGAAAGAGCAUUAGAUCUUUAGUAGGAGGUCAUCAUAGAAAUAGA